AUGUGCCUUCCUGUAUCUUGUCCCGUUGUUCCCCAAUUUGUGGAGCUGCUGCUGUUGUGUGUGUUUCUGUCUCGCCUACACGUCCUGUCUCUCCAUCCUCAGGAUUAUGAAAGUAAACUGCUGGCCCUUCAGAAGCAAGUGGAGACCCGUUCACUGACUGCAGAGACCACCGAGGAAGAGGACGAGGAGGAAGAAGAAGUACCCUGGACACAGCACGAGUUUGAGCUGGCAGAGUGGGCAUUUAAGAAAUGGAAACACCAUCAGUUCACGUCUUUAAGGGAUCUGCUGUGGGGAAAUGCCGUCUACCUGAAAGAAGCCAAUGCAAUUAGCGUAGAACUGAAGAAGAAGGUCCAGUUUCAGUUUGUGCUUCUGACAGACACUCUGUAUUCCCCUCUACCUCCGGAGCUCCUUCCACCUGAGGCUGAUAAACUUGUAGAGGACCAGCCCUUUCCACGCACAGUGGUUGCUGUAGAGGUGCAGGACCUGAAAAAUGGGGCCACUCACUACUGGUCACUGGAGAAACUUAGACUGAGAUUGGAUCAAAUGCGAGAGAUGUACGACCGGGCAGGAGAAAUGGCCUCCAAUGUGCAAGAUGAACCGGAUACUGUAAUAAAUGGUGGUGACCCGUUCUAUGAUCGUUUCCACUGGUUCAAGCUUGUUGGCAGUUCACCCAUAUUCCACGGUUGCGUCAACGAGCGGCUGGCAGACCGCACCCCAUCCCCCACCUUUUCAACAGCGGACUCAGAUAUCACAGAGCUGGCCGACGAACAGCAGGACCAAAUGGACGACUUCGAUGAUGAGCCUUUUGUGGACGACACUGGCUCAGAUGUCGGCAAUGAGGAAGGAUCGGAUCUGUUCAGCGAUGGGCACGACCCGUUUUAUGACCGCUCCCCUUGGUUCAUUUUAGUAGGAAGAGCAUUUGUUUAUCUCAGUAACCUGCUCUUCCCGGUUCCCUUGGUCCAUCGGGUGGCCAUAGUGAGUGAGAAGGGGGAAGUACGCGGUUUCUUGCGCGUUGCGGUUCAAGCAAUAGCGGGUGACGAGGAAGCUCCAGAUUACGGUUCUGGAAUACGACAGUCAGGGACCGCGAAGAUCUCCUUUGACAAUGAUUACUUCCAUAAGAAUGACAUGUCAACCACAGUCCUCACCCGCUCGGGACUGUCACUGGAAGAACUCCGCAUUGUGGAAGGGCAGGGCCAGAAUUCGGAAAUGAACACUCCUAUGGAGGAGGUGAACCGGCUGGCCGAGAUGGACAUGAAAUCAGGAAGCCUCUUAGAUGGGAAAAUGAUAAUGGAAGGAUUCUCUGAAGAUGUAGGGGAACACUUGAAGAUUGGCAGUGUCUUCACCUUCCGUGUCACCGUCCUGCAAGCCAACGGCAUUCCACCAGAAUAUGCCGAUAUCUUCUGUCAGUUCAAUUUUCUACAUCGGCACGAUGAGGCCUUUUCUACGGAACCGCUGAAAAAUAACGGGCGUGGCAAUCCGCUGGGUUUCUACCACGUACAAAAUAUUGCAGUAGAAGUGACUGAAUCCUUCAUAGAAUAUAUCAAGACCAAGCCGAUUGUGUUUGAAGUAUUCGGACAUUACCAGCAACACCCAUUACAUCUGCACGGCCAGGACCUCAGCAGUCCAGCACAACCAUCCAGGCGUCACUUUCCCCCACCAAUGCCCCUCUCCAAGCCAGGUUCCGGCCACAAACUCAAUCCCCUGAACAAGACAAGUCUGGGGCAGAGCGUCAGCAAAUAUGACCUUUUGGUGUGGUUUGAGAUCAGCGAACUUGAGCCAACAGGAGAGUACAUCCCGGCUGUGGUAGAUCACUCUGGAGGACUGUCCUGUCAGGGAACCUUCCUGCUACACCAGGGCAUCCAGCGUAGAAUCACAGUGACUAUAAUCCACGAGAAAGGCAACGAAUUGCAUUGGAAGGAUGUACGAGAACUGGUGGUAGGGAGAGUCCGAAACAAAGCCGAGGUGGACGAGUGUGCAGCAGAUGCUGUUCUUUCCCUCAACAUCAUAUCCGCCAAAUACCUCAAAUCUCACAGCUCCAGCAGGACCUUUUACCGGUUCGAGGCUGUGUGGGACAGCUCCUUGCAUAACUCCCUACUCCUCAAUAGAGUCACUCCCUAUGGAGAGAAGAUCUAUAUGACGCUGUCAGCUUACUUGGAGCUUGAUCAUUGUAUCCAACCAGCAGUGAUUACAAAAGAUGUGUGUAUGGUCUUUUAUUCUCGUGAUGCCAAAAUCUCCCCACCUCGGUCCCUGCGCAGUCUCUUUGGCAGCGGAUAUUCAAAGACUCCUGACUGUAACAGAGUAACUGGAAUCUAUGAACUGAGUUUGUGCAAAAUGGCGGACACAGGAAGUCCUGGAAUGCAGCGAAGGAGAAGGAAAAUUUUGGACACUUCAGUGGCCUAUGUCCGUGGAGAGGAGAACCUGGCUGGGUGGAGACCUCGAGGUGACAGUUUGAUUUUGGAACACCAGUGGGAGCUAGAGAAAAUGGAGCAGCUCCACGAGGUGGAGAAAACUCGGCACCUACUCCUGCUCAGAGAGAAGCUUGGAGACAGCAUCCCCAAAUCCCUGAGUGAGUCCAUCUCACCAAGCCUCAGUAGCGGGACCCUCAGCACCUCCACCAGCAUCUCCUCUCAAAUCUCCACCACCACCUUUGAAAGUGCCGUCACCCCCAGCGAGAGCAGCGGAUACGACUCCACCGAUGUUGAGAGUCUGGUGGAUCGAGAAAAAGAGCUGGCCAGCAAGUGUCUGAGGCUACUCACUCAUACAUUUAACCAGGAGCUGACUGCGGUGUGCAACAGCAUUAGUGAUUGUAAGCUGUCCGAUAUUUCCCCAAUUGGACGUGACCCAUCUGUCUCAAGCUUCAGCAGCGCCACCCUGACACCCUCCUCCACCUGUCCAUCCCUGGCAGAUUCCAGAUGCAGCUCUGUGGAUCAGAAAACCCCGGAAGCCAACUCCCGUGCCUCCAGCCCAUGCACAGAAUUCGAACAAUUCCAGUUGGUGCCCACAGUGGAGACGUCAUAUCUGGCGCGUGCUGGGAAGAACGAAUUCCUCAAUCUUGUCCCCGACAUCGAAGAGCUCAGACCUGGUUCGGUGGUCUCCAAAAAGGGUUACCUGAACUUCAAGGAGCCUCAUUCCCAUUCAUGGGCCAAGCACUACGUAGUCGUACGCCGCCCAUACGUCUUCAUCUACAACAGCGAUAAGGAUCCUGUGGAAAGAGGCCUUAUUAACCUGUCCACCGCCCAGGUUGAGUACAGCGAGGACCAGCAGGCUAUGGUUAAGAGUCCGAAUAUAUUUGCUGUGGUCACUAAGCACCGUGGGAUCCUUCUGCAAGCUAUCAACGAUAAAGAUAUGAACGACUGGCUUUACGCCUUCAACCCUCUGCUCGCUGGUACAAUACGGUGA